AACAACACUCAUGUGGAUUAUCCACGCCGAACCGGAUUACUCUAUCACUCACAUAGCUCAUUCUCCAGGGAUCUAUUUUCAAGAUCUAGGAUCAUGCAAGGUGUAUCAUGAUCAAUGGAAACUACUAACCUAUGUGGACUUUGAAGAUUUAUUUAGUAGAAUAAGUAAAUUAUAUACGAAUAUUUUUAGAACUAAGCAAACUUGUCAAAGCUUGGUAGAUAAAGGCAAACAAAUCGAGUGCGAAGCAUUAGACAAUUUAGAAAUUAAUAUUAAUAAAUUGAAGAACGAAGAACAAAUAUUAAGCCAAAUAGUAGACCACAAUCCAAAAAGAGUAAAACGAGGAUGGAUCAAUGCUAUUGGCAAAGGAUUAAAAACUGUCUUCGGAACAAUGGACGAGGAUGACGCUCAAUUUUAUUCAUCAAAAAUUAAUCAAUUUGCAAAAAAUGAGGAAAGUUUAACUGAUAUUAUUAAAGAUCAAUCUAACAUCGUGCAGUCCUCAAUUCACAGUUUUAAUGAAACUACUUCAAAGCUAGAGUAUAAUGAAAUGCUAUUGAUGAAUAGUACUAUUGCGUUGAAAUUACUUGGAAAUUCAAACGCAAAACACAUUAACGACUUAACCUUGCAAUCUAAAAUAAAUUCUCAUGUUAGUCUCCUAAAUUCUUUAUUAAGCGAAUACCAAUUCGACUUAUUUAACAUUAUUAACGCAGUUCUCAAUUCCCAAAAAGGAUUAAUUCAUCCAUCAGUAAUAACACCAUUCAAACUGGUUGCGGAAUUAAAAAAAUUGCAAAGUAAACUACCAGAAGGACAAUCAUUCCCAGUAGACAUUAACGAAGCAAAUGCGCACCUAUUACAAAAAACAUUUAAAUUAGAUGUAUAUUUUCAAGACUUGAAGUUAGUUUAUAUUAUCAAAAUACCUUUGAUUACCCAUUUGGAAUUUACCUUAUUUAAAUUAUUCCCCUUGCCAAGUAAAGCGAUGAAUAACACUUUUACAUUUUUGCAACCUUCAUCAGAAUAUCUUGCUAUUAAUAAAAACAUGCAAAAUUACUUGCCUAUACGAGAAUCUCAAUUCCAAAAUUGUAUAGAAAUUUUAUCAGGAAAAUGUUUUAUGUCCACUCACGCAGCCCAUAUUAAUGGCUGCCGGAACUUUUAACUAUCUCGUGUAACGAUAAAAGAGAUUCAACUCUACAGAUUGAGGGAAACGGAUUAAUUUCUUUAAAGAAAAAUUGCCACGGAUACUCCAGAACUGCUAUGUUAAAAACGACAUCGGUAUCAACCAAUUUUGUGAAAACUUAUUUUAUUCCAACGUUCAACCUAAUGUCAGAAAUAAUACCUAGGAUCACAGAACAUAUUAAAGUAAUAAAUAAUACAAAAACAUUAAAGCGAACAUCUUUAAAUUUAAAGGAAUUGGGGGAAACUAGUAUUAAAUUACACGAACUAGAAAGCAAAACCAAUAAAGUUAAAGAAAAUUUAGAUUUAAAAGAAAAAAUGGUAAUUAGCCACGUAAUGAAUUACACUAUAAUUAUUGUUGUCCUAAUUAUAUUUACCGUGGUGAUAAUAUCAAUUUAUUGUUAUAAGAACAAAUUCAGAACGGUUGAGUCAAUGAUAAAUACUGUUAAUAAUAUGAUACAACCACCUCGAUAUCAGGCGGAAGUAGCAUAUAUUCCAGCUACUAGAAACAUUCAACCACGAAGUGCACCAAAAGCCAUCGAGGAAGUGCAUCAACAGCCGUCUUCAUCUGCUCCAAGUGAAACAUUGUUACGGUGCAAGUUUUGAAAUGUGUUUCUUACAGAUAACAAGUGACUAGUGUUUUCUGUUUAUUUUAUUUCUUUUAAAUUAUUUUAUAUCUCUUUUUACAGAUUACAAAUGUAUCAUGUAAUCUGGCUAUGUCUAAUUGUUAUGUAUUUCCUUCAGAUUACAAAUGUAUCGUGUAAUCUAUGUAUUUUUAAAUUUCUAUUUGUACACUACAAAUGUAUUAUGUACUCUAUGUAUUUUUAAUAAGUUUUAUAUCUCUUACUCACUUGUGUUUAGUAUUAGGUUCUAAAUCUCAU